AUGGGCUGUUUUUCCCCCCCCCCCCCCCCCCCCCCCUCUCCUUGCAAUCCAUCUCAUCUCAUCGCAUCCCUGCCCUCUCCCUCUCCCUCUCUCUCCCUUCCCCCUCACACCCAUUCACAUCGCCGACCCACCGGCGACAACACGCCCCCCCUCUCCUUCGUUACCCUCGCGGUCAUUGGCAACGCGCCCGUGCGCUUCUCCCCACCAUGUCUCAAAUGGACUUUGCCGACCCAAUUCCCAGUUUCCAUCCCCCGCCUCCCCAAGCGACGACGACCACAACAACCACAUCCCCCUCUCCCGCCGAAGCCUACCCCCCGCCCCGACCCGUGCAUGACCUACUCGCCCUCAUCCGUGGCGCCUUCAACGCAGUGCUUGACCUGGCCCCUGGUCUCGCCUCUCAACCAACUCAAACGUCUACCACCACUACGGUGA